AUGUCUCUUGAAGACGGAACUGCAAUCGUCCAAUCAAAAUCAGCCAAUCCUACACCACUUGGUCUCUCGUCUUUCGCCUUGACUUUAUUCGUGCUGUCAAUUCAUAAUGUUGGUUAUACCGAGAUGCCAACUAUUAUUAUCGGUUUGACUUUAUUCUAUGGUGGUCUUAUUCAAUUGUUGGCCGGAAUGUGGGAGUUCCGAGCGAAUAACAUGUUUGCGGCAACAGCUUUCUCUUCGUACGGAGGUUUUUGGUUAUCACUCAUUGUCUUGCUCCCUGGAGCUAGUUUCACAAACGAUAAAGAUUUUGACUAUGGACUAGGAAUCUAUCUUGCCGGAUGGACCCUCUUCACUCUCCUGCUAUUAUUAGCCACUUUCCGCUCGAAUG